AUGUCUGUACCCAAAUCUAGGCUACUGAAGCUUGCUGAGAUAUCAGCCAAAGUUUUUGAUCAAAAUUUCAAUCCAACAAAUGCCAGAACUGGGUCUAAGAUCCUAGCACAGAGGCUUAAAGGACCUGCUAUUGCGAAUUAUUAUGGUAACCCAGAUUUUAUCAGAUUCAAGCAAUUGAAGAAACUAUAUCCAGGCAUGAACUUCGUUGAUGAAGAAGAACAAUAUAGAUUGACUAUGCUUGAACUAAGAAAGCGUAGAGGUAAGGGUGCUCCAACUAAGAAGAGAGAGGCCUCUGGUGACGGUAAAAAGACCAAGAAGAGAAAGUGA